UCGAAAUCGAAUCUAUUUUUAGUCUACAGCAAAAACAGGUUCUUUAAAAAUGCAAAAGGUGAAAAAAAUCUUAUUUGCAGAUUUUCGGCCAGUGGUAAGAAAAAAUGUUACUAAAUUCUAGUCACUAAAAUAUGUUUUCUCAACUUGAGAUUCUUUUGUUACUAGAAAACGCUCUUGAUAAAAUAAUUUUUAUUUCAAGACAGAAUAUGUUUUUUUUUUAUUGAAACAUGGGUCUAUUUACUUUCUUAAGGUUAUGUUUUUUGUUUUUGUUUUUUUUUAAACUUAAUCCAAGCUUUCCAAAUUUCUUAUUUAGAGUGGCGUCCAUGUUGUUGAUGACCACACAAAUAAAUAUUAGUCAGUUUCCACUUUUUUCUUUUUAAAAAUAAAGGUCGCAGAUGGCAAGUGAUCAUUCUGUGUAAGGCUUCAGACUAUAUUUUAGCACAGAAUUACAUGACAAUUAGAUCAAAUGGUUACAGAAAAAAUAUAAACCUCGAAAGGUUUGUUCAGUUAAAUUUAAAUAAAUUUAAAGCCUAGACAAUUUAUUUUAUCCAAAAGAAAAUUAGAUUCACUGUUUAAGAAAUCUAAGCAUCUAUAAUGGGCCUUUUAGUUCUAUUUGGUUCGGUUCUCUCACUUUUCUCAAACGCAAACAUCAUGGAGUGAGGAAUCAAACGUGUUAAAGGAGGGGAAUGUGAUGCAGGAGGAGGGUAAGAAGUGGGGCAAUCCCGUCCAGAGAAGGAAAGAGUGGAGUCAACACAGUACCGCAGUGUCGUCCCGCCGCCCCAUCCGACACGGAGAGCUGCAGCACUGCAAAGUCUGAGGGGAGGCAGAGCAGGGGAGGGGAGGGGGGACUGCACCGCCGUUCCAAGUCCAAGUGAAGAAAGAAGGCAGCAGGAGAGACGCAUCACUGCAGUUACCCACAGCGCCGUAUACGCAGAGAGGAAGAGGAGGGAUGAAAGUCAGACUGCACAUUUGUCACCUCUGUACUUUUUCUGCUCCGAUUUGAAACUGCAGGAUUCUUUUAUUUAUUUAUUUGUAUUCUUGGACAGCUUUCAGAAGACUGCAGCGCCAGCCAAUCAGCGUCAGCAUCCGGGAGCAGCUCUGAACACUCAGCAUCUCUUGGAGGAGCUGGAUGCAGCGCGCGGGACCCACCAUCCGCGUCUCUCCUGCAGCGGAUUAGGAUUUACAAGUGAAGCCCCCUUCACGCGCCAUCUCUCCUUUAUCACCCCGACCCGUUUACGCGCGGCUGUAUUGCGGUACUUUGCUGACUCGCUGGAAGAAUCCGCUCCACUGCGCCAAAGAAGACCCUCCGCCCUCACUUCCUGCAGCCUCUUCGCUGAUUAAAAGUUGUGUUUGGACAAGUGCCUGGAAAAUUGCAUCUUUUUUUUCUAAAUCUUGGGGAUAUUUUCUUUUCUUUUUUUUAUCCCUCCAUCCACUUCAGACCCUCCCCUCUCCAGCCUCCCAGCGCGCAGCCGCCCCUCCUCCGUGAGUCAGUUCUAACAGCUGCAUAGAAGAUGUCUGCUCCAGAUGCCGCCCCGCCAGCUGCAGCUCCAGGUGCUCCAGGAGCACCGGGCGCAGAUGGAGCUCCGGCCGGUCCACCUGCCCCACCCAACACCUCCAGCAACCGCAGGCUACAACAGACACAGGCCCAAGUUGAGGAGGUAGUGGAUAUCAUGCGCGUGAACGUGGACAAGGUUCUGGAAAGAGACCAGAAGCUUUCCGAGCUGGAUGACAGAGCAGACGCUCUGCAGGCCGGAGCCUCUCAGUUUGAAAGCUGCGCAGCCAAGCUCAAAAAUAAAUACUGGUGGAAGAACUGCAAGAUGAUGAUCAUGAUGGGGAUUAUUGGAGUCAUUGUGGUUGGAAUAAUAUUCUUGUACUUCUUCUACUGAGCUCUUCCCAUCACCAUCGAUGGACAUGAACUUCAGGAGGAUGUGGAGGGGAAGAGGAAAAAAAAACAGAACUAACCCAAGCGCCACUCCUCUCCUCCCCUUUUUUCAGCCCUUUCUUCCCUCUCUUCUCAGUCUUCCAUCAAACCGUCUCGCACUCAGACAUGACAGUAGUUACCAUAGAUGCUCUCGUCAUCGUGUUUGAGCCUCCUCUGUUCUCCAUGAGGUCCCGUUCAUGCUCCCCUCUCUCUUCUCCUCAUGUUUUAUUGAAGGCUGCAACAUGCAGAAUGAAAGAGAAGGAAGGAGGUAGAGGGACGGUCAUUUUUUGAGAAUAUAAAGAUGGAAGACUAUGAGUUUGUAGUCUUCAAUCCAGUCAAGCCAAAGCUUUUUUCUUUGUUAUUCUUGUCUGCUAACUAACACGCUCCGUUUGGUCAUGACUGCUGCAAUCAUUGCUGCUUACUAACAGCUGUUAGAUAAACUUUAUGUUGUUUGCCUGCUGUGAAUUUGUCCAAAAUCAGCUUUGAAGCUUCUUUUCCCUAAAAUUUAUCUGAUAAGCUUUUACCAGUAACUUUUUCCAUUUCCUGUCUAACUUCCUGUCACAUGAGAAACUCGUACAAAAUGAUGACAAGAAAGGAGAAAUGCAAAAAAGGGACCUGGGGAAGGAGGAGGUGAUUCAGGGAAAGGGGGUGGGAGUAUUGAGUAGGAGUAUCCUGCAUAAAUAAGAAACCUAAUUUAGAAUUGAUAAGUAGAUAUCAAUUGUAGAUAAUGUUUGUCUGAGUUUUUUAGGUGGAAUUAUGAUCUAAAACACUAAAGAAAGCGGACAAUCUCCACACAGAGACACGAGGGGGACUGGAAAUCCUGGGAGGAAAGCCUGGUCACUCCGGAGUGGACAGUCACAGCCAUAGACAGAUGUAGCAUUAUGCCAAACUAGCUUGUUUGGAUAGUUUUUGCUGUCUGAAUUUAGUUUUAAAAAAGCAGGAUGAUGGGAGAAAGAACAGGAUUAGGAAACUCUGAGUCA